ACAGUAAACCUUUUGGUUGCCGGUGCUACGGAUUGUGCAGUUUUUCUUCCCACUAAUCCCUUGCAAGACAACGUUUCUAGAAAGCUGUUCGUCCAAGAUGUCCAUCGAAGAGCCGACGGAAAUGAUGACCCUGGAGCCCUCCGCAAUCAUUGGGUUCGAUGGGCACGUCGUCUGCGGACUGCGGGUGCAUCCCGACCAGCGGCAUCUGGUGUUUCCCCUCGGGAACGAAAUUUCCAUCUACGAGUGCGCCACCAACAAGCAAUCGUUCCUGCGCGGUCACACAAACACCAUCUCCACGCUGGACAUUUCCACCAGCGGGCGGAUGGUGGCCUCGGGCCAAUCCAACCACAUGGGCUUCCGGGCGUUCGUGAUCGUGUGGGACUGGGAAACGCGCAAAGAAAUUUCGCGCCACGAGCUGCACCGCGUGCGGGUCCAGUCGCUCUGCUUCUCCUCCAACGACCAGUUCCUGGUCAGCCUGGGCGGCAAGGACUGUGGUUCGAUCAUCGUGUGGGAUAUCGAGCAGCGGACGGCGAUCUGUGGCACGAUCGCCACGAAGGAAACGACCGGCGAGGCGACCAAGGUGGCCAGCCUGAACAAACGGUUCACCACGUUCGUGUCGGGCGGGGAUCAAAAUUUGCGCGUCUGGAACAUUGACCGGGAGCGGAAGCGGCUGACGGUGCAGGACGUGGCGGUGGGCAAGCUGCGACGCGAGUUUACCGGCAUGCGCAUCUCCCCGAACGACGACACGCUGUACGUGGGCACGAUGAGCGGGGACAUUGUGAAGAUUAACCUGAACUGUAAUCCAAAUCCGAGCGAUCCAUCGCAGGACAAGAUGCCGGUGCUGCUCGGAUGCUUCGGCAAGCAUAAUGCGAAGAAGCCACCGGGCAAGGAUUGCGAGAAGUACCAUUACGGGGUGCGCGAUCUGUUGCUGCUGCCGGACGGGAAGUUGAUUAUUGGCGCUGGGGACGGUACGAUCGAUAUGGUGCAGGAGCGGAACGGAAACUUUAAAAAUUAUCGUGGUCCCACGUGGCCGGAGCUGAAAUCGCUUCAAUCGACAAAGAUCGAUGGCGUGAUUACAUCGCUACAGAUUCGAAACGGCAAAACGCUGCUGAUUGGAACGAACGGUUGUGAGAUUUACUCGCUGGAGCUGGCAAACUUCUCGUCCAGCCUGCGCCUACUCAAAACAUGCCACACGAAUGCCGUCUACGAUAUAGCGUUUCCUUACAAUUUUUCGCUCGUCUUUGCCACGGCCAGCCACGAAUCGAUCCGCAUCUGGUCGACGUCCAAGAUGCAGGAGCUGCUGCGCAUCGUGGUGCCCAACUUUGCCUCCUCGUCGAUCGUGUUCAGCCGGGACGGGAAGAGCAUUAUUUCGGCGUGGAACGAUGGCGUCAUUCGUGCGUUUACGCCGCUGUCCGGGAAGCUGAUCUACGCCAUCCCGAACGCACACAACAAGGGCUGCUCAUCGGUGGCCGUGACGAGCAAUGGCAAGAUAGUGGUGAGCGGCGGCAUCGAAGGGCAGGUGCGCGUGUGGAAGAUCGACCCGUACGUCCAGAGCCUGAUCGGGGUGCUGAAGGAGCACUACGGUCCGAUCGAGUCGGUGCACAUCAACAACUACGACACGGAGGUGGUGUCGGCGUCGCGCGACGGUUCGUGCGUCAUCUGGGAUUUGAUACGGCUCACGCGCAAGCACGUGAUCUUCGCCCACACGCAGUUCAUUGCCGCGCAGUACUUCCCGACCGGCGUCCAGAUACUGACGGCCGGGUCGGACAAGCUGAUCGGGUACUGGGAGGCGUACGAUGGCAGCCUGGUGCGCGAGGUGGAGGGCUCCAAGUCGGGACCGAUCAAUGCGAUCGACAUGAACAUGAUGGGCGAGUACUUUGUGUCGGCCGGCACGGACCAGAUCGUGCGGCUGUGGAACUACCAGCUCGGGGUGGAGGUGGCGGUCGGCAUUGGGCAUGCCAGUGCCAUCACGUCCGCUCGUUACAGCCCGAACGGAAAGUUUCUCGUCACCGGCUCGAGCGAUGGCGGUAUCUUUGUGUGGAAGGUGCCGGAGAAAUUCCACAUUAAAAUCCCCGACGACAUUUUGAAGCCCGCGAAGGACGACGAACAGUCGACGGCGUCGAAAGCGCCCUCCAAACCACCGACACCGAGCACAUCCGCGACCAAACUGGCCAAAAGCUUGUCCUCGCAGGCAGUCAUUGGGCGUGACGGAUCGCGCAAAGCACCACUGGUAACGUCCGAUUCCCGCGUGGGAACCUUUCUCGGAGGACUACGCAACAACAACAACAACGAAGACAUUCGUGUCCACGCUUCCGGUCGGUCGACACGCUCGAGCCAAAUCGCCGAAUGUCCCGCGAUCGACCCGAACGCACAGCCAACGAUCGAUCCGUGCGUUGAUACCGCUUCGCUGGCGGACGGUGACCAGCAGGAGCAGUGGGAAACACGCUCACAACAUUCCGCCGGAAGUCAGAAUCGCCUUUCGGAGCAAUCACCGUUCACGCAACUUGAUGGGGAGGGUGGUGGUGGUUCCCGGGGAAAGGAUUGCAAUUUGAACGAACCGUUAAGCGCGGGUAGAAAGCAGUAGGCGCCCUUCGCAACCGUGUUGGUAGCAUCAUUUCGAUCAAAGUAGUGCGUGUGAAAUUAUUGUGCGGAAGAAGAAGUGGUCGGGGGGCUUUUUUUUCGGGGCUAAAAGUUUUGUAUUUCAACCUUAUCUACUACAUCGCCAGUAAGUUCGUAAUAAACGUAUCGAUCUC